AUGAAGAUAAAUAAUAAUAUAAUAAUAACUAUAAUAAUUUACUUAUCUAUUUAUUUAUUUGAUUAUGGAUUGGCAGCAUCCAAUCAAUGUACACCUCUAACUUGUAUGGAGUUGGGUGAGACCUGUGCAUUGACAGGUCAAACAUGUCGCACCGGUUAUUACUGCAACUCUGCUUUGGACAUGCCUACCUGUUUCCCUACCAACGCCGAGCUGGAAGAUUGUAAAACAGACCCAUACUGUGACAAUGGUCUUGUAUGUCUUACUGCCGACACUGAUCAAUAUUGUUCAAACUCUGGAUAUCUUGGUGCUAAUGAGUCAUGUAUCCUACCAAAUGAGUGCGCAAGAGGACUGAGCUGUGUGAAUGGUACUUGCUCGAGGACUCCUCAAGAUUGUAUGGAGUAUACUUGCCCCGCUGGCAAGUUCUGUGGAUCAAACAAAGCUUGUGUACCUUAUCUCAAGGAUGGUGAUUCUUGUACAAAGUCCACUUUGUGUAUGAUUGGAUCAUUUUGUUCAUUCACUGGCACUGGUACCGAAGGAGUAUGCACAGCCGCCUUCAGCAAAGGUGAAGGAGAGUCAUGCAACAAUGACAAGUCUUGUGAUAUCGGUGCGAACCUUGGUUGCAAGAAUGGAGUGUGCACAUUGUAUAACCCAACGGCAGACAACCAGGUGUUCUGUUUGGAUGAUAGUGCUUGCUUCAAUGGUAUUGAAGAGUGUAUAUGUACCAAUGUGACCAAUGGUGAGGGCAAGUGCCAGAAGAUGUUGGAGCCCGGUGCUAUCUGUGGCCAAGCCUACAAGGAUCACCAAGCUUGUCUACAGAGCUCUGGAUGUCCUAUUCAUAUCCAGAAUCCCAGCAGCCAGACCUCCUGCCAGAUGAAGGCAUGCACCAAGACUCUGUGCAAAUACCAAGCUGCAUGUCUACGCCAGGAGUUCUCAUGUGCCAUUGUCCUCCCAGGUGAUGCCUGUCAACCCAACGAUGCCAGCCAUGUUGUCUCCACCAAGUCAAUGUUACCUAUACUACUUCUUUCUCUUAUCGCAACCAUCAAUCUUAUU